CAGCUAAGGAAACAGGCUCAUUCUUCGAUGUACCAUUGCUGCUAGAACAACGACCAUCAGCUAUCACAACUCACAGACAUGGCGAAAGUACGAGAAGUUCUUCGCUUUCUUCAAAAGAAAAUGGGCCAGCAAUGUCACAUGUCCAGUAUCUCCCUCCAAUCUGAAGUAACCCCCUCCAGUCACGUGAUUUACAACAAUUCGAUAAAGACACAAGAAGAAACAACGAAUAUUUCAUACCCAGCAUCUUUACAAAUGUCUGAUAUUCCUGGACCAAGGAGUUUCCCAGGUAUCGGGGCGAUGUGGCAGUACUUACCUGGCGGGAGGUUUUACGGGAUGGAUCUGAACGACGCAAUACGCAGACUGCACACCCUGUAUGGGGAUGUAGUGCGCGAGGAAAUAGUGCCAGGACUCACGGUCCUCAGGUUGUUCAACCCGCACGACUUCGCGGAUGCUUACAAGGCGGAAGGAGAAAGUCCACAUCGGGUACUGUUCGGUUUGCUUAAUCGCUACAACGAGGUGAACAACGAAGGGGUCCAGGGUCUCCUCACGAGUCAAGGCAAGGAGUGGAAACAUCUACGACGGGAGGUGCAACAGGCUUUAUUGCCUCCGAAGGCUGUGAGCAGUUACUGUGAACAACAAGUGAACGUUUCCAACGACUUUGUUGACCACAUUUCCCGCUGACUGAGCAGAAAGCCAUCCUUGACGAUUUUUUACCUGAAAUCUACAAAUUCGCGA